UUGGUAUAAAAGACACAUUCUGCAGAUCUCUUCAGUUUUUGUCUUCGAAACCUUGUUCGGUAAACAUUUUUGCAUUUAUUAGUUUCCAUAGAAAGAGAAUGAAAAAUCUUUGGCUCCUUAUAUCGUACUUCUUCGCAUCGACCUUUGGCCAGAAUUUCACUGAAGAAAUUCACUUCUUAGUUUAUCAAGAUAAUCAUCCUGUGAACACUUCAAAUUAUGAAACGAGAAACCCCGUUGAUUUGGGUUUAUGCGAUCCAGGUGAUGAAGUAGCAAUUAUAGUUCAUGGAUGGACAGAAAGUUGUGGGACUGAGUGGCUGGUUAAUCUCGUAUCGAAUCUAACCUUUAUCCGUGGAGGAUGCAUUGUGUGCAUGGAUUACAGUCGAUUUUCGAAGACACCCGAUUAUUUCGGUCUUGUGGCACAAUUUCCUAAAAUUUUGGAUGUUUUGUACACCCAACUGGAAGACUACAGAAGAUCAGGACUGGAUCCUAAUGAUAUGUAUAUGUUUGGAUUUAGCUAUGGAGCUCACUUAUGCCUUCAAUCAGCAGCUCUUCUUGGGGAACAGGUUGUGAAAGAGAUUGAUGUUUGUGAUCCUGCUGGACCUGGAUUUUCCAAUAUGCCAGACGCAACAGUAUCUGCUAAAAAUGUACAGUGCAUUCAUACAAGUGCAGAUAAGGGGACUCAUAAGAGAAACUGCCAUCAGAAUUGGAAUAUGGGACAUUGUGGAAUGAGUCAAGUUGGAGCUGGACCCUACCCAAAAGGUUCUCACGGACUCUGUCCCUACUUCUACAACAGUGCUUUCCGAAACUCCUUUUUGGCCAAUUCUAGACCAACCUAUUGCACCAAAACAGAACGAGAUGCCGUGGAGUUCCCAGAAAACUUUCAAAUGGGAUAUAUGGAGAUGCGCAAACACAAAGUGUUUGGCACUCUCUAUUCCCCAACCACCAAACAAUAUCCUUAUAAUUGAGUGCUGAACUUUAACAAAUGCCUUUGACUUUUUUCUCAGGAAAAUGUAAACAAAUAUUUGUAUAUCUGUAUACAGCGUUAAGUCUCCCAAAUAUUAUUAAAUGUUAUCAAACCUGUUGUUACCAUUGUGUAAUACUUUCUGAAUAAACACCUUAAUGAUAGCACUUAAA